AAAAGAUAUUUGCUCUCUUCUUUAUUAUCACUCAUUCCUAAAAACUGUUCAUUUCUUGCAAACAGAGCUAUUCCCUUUUUCUCAGCUCCCAGAUCUAUGCAGAUGACAAUGAUGCUCCUCUUAUUUGCGGUCAUUACACUUGCUGCUGCUCGUGAAUUUCUAGCUUCGAACCGUGUUCCCAAAUGGAAGACAGACGAUCCGAACUAUGGUCCAGAUUAUGGGCAACCAGAACAAGUCCAUUUGUCGUUGGGAGAGAAUCCCAAUGAGAUGGUUGUGACUUGGUUGACCUUCGAUGAUAUUGGCAAAUCACUGGUUGAGUAUGGUACUUCGGCGAACAAGAAGCUCACGGAGGUCAUCGAAGGACAAUGUACCGAAUUUGUGGACAAACAGAAACAAAUCACGAAGCGUUACAUCCACCGAGCAAAGAUGUCCAAUCUUACCUCAGGAACCACCUACAGGUAUCGCGUUGGCAGUGAAUACGGAUGGAGUUCGCUCUACCAGUUUACGGCAUUGUCUCCCAGAGAAGAUGGUGGUUACGAAAUAGCGGUGUUUGGCGAUUUGGGAAAUCAGAAUGCUCGCUCACUUGGCAAGCUGCAGCGACUGGCACAGGAUGGAGACAUCGAUAUGGUAUUCCACAUAGGCGACUUUGCAUACAAUUUGGAUACCGACGAGGGCCAAGUUGGAGAUGAGUUCAUGCGCCAACUCGAACCCAUAGCUGCUUAUGUACCUUACAUGGUGGCGGUUGGCAACCAUGAGGCUGCGAACAACUUCUCACACUAUGCAAAUCGUUUCACAAUGCCUCGAACAGAAGACAACAUGAUGUAUAGCUUCGACCUUGGAAGCGCUCACUUCAUAUUCUUCUCCUCCGAAUUCUACUUUUACACUAACUAUGGAUGGAAGCAAAUACAGAAUCAAUGGAACUGGUUGGUCAACGACCUUACGAAAGCCAAUGAAAACCGACACAACGUUCCAUGGAUCUUCACAUUCGCGCAUCGACCGAUGUACUGCUCCGAUCUUGAUGGCGAUGACUGCACGAAGUACGAGUCCAUUAUUCGCACUGGCCUUCCAAGAACACACGCCUAUGGGCUGGAAAAACUGUUCUACGAAUAUGGUGUUGAUGUAGAGAUAUGGGCUCAUGAACAUACUUACGAGAGAUUGUGGCCAGUCUACAACAGGACGGUGUACAAUGGAACCUCGAUGCCUUACAAAAAUCCUUUGGCACCGGUGCACAUCAUUUCGGGAUCAGCCGGCUGCCGUGAGAAUACCGACAUGUUCCGUUCGGAUCCGGAACCUUGGAGCGCUUUGCGAUCUAGCGAUUAUGGUUUUGGCAUCCUUAGAGUUCAUAACGACACGCAUGUUCAUUUCCGUCAAGUUGCAGCCGCUAAGGAUGAGAUUGUGGAUGAGAUUUGGAUAGAAAAGCAUCCACACCAUUCGUAUCAUCAUGAACAUCGCAGAAGGCCUCACAAAGCGACGCACAUACCACUCACCUACUGCGCACCCCGUCACUGCAAAAAGAAUGAUGGUCAAAUCGAUUUUUGAUCAAAGUUUGCCUGUAUGUAAUUAGCUGUACAUUCUAUGCAAGGAAUAUACAUUUUUCUCACUCUUGAGUGACGUUUACGGACUGUGGAUUGUUUUUUAU